UCCAGCGUCAGUCCGAAUCCUCGCAGCGCGUGUGUGUGUCACGAUGGAGGAGAAACUGGAUUUAAUCAGCAAGUGUAUCAGAACUUUCCCAGAUUUCCCCACGAAAGGGAUUCCGUUCAAGGAUAUUUUCCCGAUCCUGAAGAACCCAAAGGCUCUGACUGCAGUGAUAGAUCUGUUUGAGGAACACGUGAGGAACUCUUACUCUCAGCUGGAUCUGAUAGUCGGACUGGACGCUCGAGGGUUUCUGUUCGGGCCGCCGCUGGCUCUGAGGUUGGGAGUGGGAUUCGCUCCGAUCCGGAAGAAAGGGAAACUCCCCGGGCCGACGCGAGCGGUGGCGUACAGUCUGGAGUACGCGCAGGCCGAGGCCGAGAUGCAGGAGGACGCCGUUUCUGAAGGACAGAAGAUCCUGAUCAUCGAUGACUUACUGGCCACUGGAGGAACACUGUGCGCGGCGUGUGAGCUGAUCCGACAGCAGAAAGCCGAGGUUUUGGGAUGUUUGGUGGUCGUCGAACUCAAAGAUCUCAACGGAUCCGACAAGCUGAAGCCGACGCCAGUCUUCUCUCUAAUCCAGUACUGACGUCUCUGAGGACACGUGUGUGUGUGUGUUUACAUCUCAGAAAUACAAGCAAUUUAAAUCAACACUUCACCCUUAAUGGGUUUAAUGGUGUUAACUCCACCAGGAGAGUUAAGUAAAGAAAGACUUCUGUGGUUGUGAUGGGAGAAAUUAAGCUUUUUGAAUCAAUUGCUUGAUAAAAUAAACCGAACCUGGCGCCCCCUGCUGGCCAGAACAGUGGAAAUGCAGUCAGAAAAACACAUCAGUUAAUUAACGAGUCGUCUAACAGCAGUAAAUAUGAAGUGUCUGUAGAAUGUUAUUGAUUUGUUGGUAAACUUGAUUAAUCGGA